AUGAAUAGCGCAGUGUUAGCUCUUCAACUAAGUACACCUCCUAUUGUCAUUUCUGAACGCCAGUCACCACCAUUAGCUGUUCACAAUUCACUCCAAGGAAUGAGUGAAGCUAUAGAAAGUUCUUCUUCUCUUUCAGGUUCUGCAACUGUAUCUCCAGCAUUAUCUCCUAGAGUAGAAACAAUUAAAAAAGAUACAGAGACAGAGGAUCAAUUCUAUCAAUUACAAUCAAUGUUAUUAACACCUCCAUCAUUUUUACUUCAGGCUUAUAUAAAAGCGGUUUGUCGUUUUAUUCUUUUAUUUUUAUUCCUUAUAAAGUCUUUAAAACUUAACAUAAUUAAAAUUGAGAUAAAUUUACCACUAGCUAUUAAAGAAAGAGACUAA